CUGUGACCAUCAGGCUGUCAGCAGGAGAAGGUUGGUGGAGCGUGGCGCUGUGAUGCCCCUGGAGGUCCGAUGGCCGUUCCCACAGUGCCCCGCGCUGGCCUGGAGGCUCACCGGCACCCUGGUGAUGGGCAUGGUGGGCUCCUACUCCUACUUCUGGACCAAAUACAUGAACAGCCUGACGGUCCACAACCACCAGGUUCUGUUGGACCUGAUCGACCAGAGACCGGCUGACACGCCCCUCAUCACGCUGUCCAAUCAUCAGUCCUGUAUGGACGACCCACAUAUCUGGGGUGUUCUGAAGUUCAGGCAGCUGUGGACCUUCAACAAGAUGCGCUGGACUCCAGCAGCUUCUGACAUCUGCUUCACCAGAGAGCUUUACUCCAGGUUCUUCAGCCGAGGAAAGUGUGUUCCUGUCUGCAGAGGUGAUGGUGUUUACCAGAAGGGGAUGGACUUUGUCUUGGAGAAGCUCAACAGAGGAGAAUGGAUCCACAUCUUCCCAGAAGGAAAAGUCAACAUGACGGAAGAAUUCAUCCGCCUGAAGUGGGGUGUCGGUCGGCUCAUCGCGGAGUGCUCCUUGAAUCCCAUCAUCCUGCCGCUGUGGCACGUUGGUCUGAGCGACGUUCUGCCCAAUGAUAAGCCCUACAUUCCUCGCACUGGAAAGAGAAUCACAGUCCUGGUGGGGAAACCGUUCAGUGUCAAGGAUCUGGUGGAAUCCCUCCGAGCUGAGAACAAGAGCCAGCUGGAAAUGAGGAAGACGUUGACCGACUUCAUCCAGCAGGAUUUCCGGAGCCUGAAGGUCCAGGCGGAGACCCUCCACCAGCAGAUCCAGACCAGGUCCUGAGUCCCGGACUCCUCGAGCUGAAGGUUCAUCCUCGUAUCCAGAACUGCGUUUUGGCGUCCGCCUCCCUCUUUCCUCCCGCCGCACAGACCCUCACAGAGACGAGCUCCUCGACGUUCCAGGAAACGUUCUGGAGCUGCGAACGAACCGACGGGUUGAUCUCUGAGCCUCUGGUGAAGCAGACGCGUGUCAUCUGUCAUUUACUGAACGGACUUACUGGACGACAGCAGUGCAGGCGAGAGGAUCGAGUUACUUGAAUACUUUUUGGUUUCUGUGUGGAUGAGGAGUGGAAGGUCUCGAAUGUUUGACGCUUCCAGAUUUUUAUUUCUGCAUCGUCUCGUUAGUUAACGAGCUGCUGCUCAACCAUCGGCGAUGUCUGUAUUUAAGGUUUGGAUGAUUCACAGCUUCACGAUUUCUCCGUCUGCUUUCAGUCUCGUUUCGGCAGCACCAGUAGUUCGUGGUGCUGUCGGACCCUUCUGCUUUUACUCGUAAAUCUUUGAACCAAUCACAGUCGUCUUGGGCGGAGCUCAGCCCAGGAUGCAGCAACCUUGCCCCCUUCAAAAUUAUAUGUCAUUUGUAAUUUUUUUUAUUUUUUGGUGGAACAUUUACACCAAUAAAAACGAUCACGGCUGCCUUGUUGCACGAUCCGAACCUGCUGCAGAGCUUUAAAAACAAAACAACAACAUUUGUGUUUUUGUCGACUCGCAGCCGAGUUAAAAUCGGCUUCACGUUUGCGCCUCGGAGAUGUUUUGGUGUAAACAGUUUAUUUUUGACAAGUUAUUUUGAAGCCCCGUCGUAAUUAAAUUAGUUUUCCCAACAGGUCGUGGAUGAUUACUUCAAGGACAGUAGGACAUCUGAUGAUUCUUUACGUUGUUCCACUCAAGAUGGCGUCGUUUGUGCUGAUUUGUUUUGCACUCUGACAAUUUAAACUCACCGACUGCAGAAAAAAUGGAAAAAUUUCAGUUUGACUUUAUGGAAGUCUUACGGAUUCUUACUUCAAACCGCAUCUUAAACAUUAUUUUCUUUGGUUUUAUUAUUUCUCACGUACGUAAAAACCAAAAUCAGACACUGUAAUCCGAACCUGUUCAUGUCGUCCGGCUCAUAAUGAAAUAAAAGAAAUCAUAUUUGGUGAUGGUUUAAAAAAAAAAAAAGGAAAAAGCAUUUAAUAAUUAAAAUA